AUGGCUACUAAUUUUGUGCAUAUUGGAGACAUUGUCUCUUUGUAUGCUGAGGGUACUGUCAAUGGAUUCCUGUCCACCCUUGGCCUGGUCGAUGACCGGUCUGUGGUGCAACCAGAUGCAGGAGAUCUCAACAACCCCCCGAAGAAGUUCCGACCCAUCGACUACUCUGCAGAGGAGCAGUUUUGGAAGCAUGCAGCAGAGCUGGAGAAGAAGCAGAAUGAUGUGGAGAACAAGAAGCUCAAGGGUACUGUGGUCCAGUACAGUCACGUGAUACAGCUUCUGCAUGUGAAGAGCAACAAAUUCCUUACGGUGAACAAGCGCCUGCCAGCUCUUCUAGAGAAGAAUGCCAUGCGGGUCAUCCUAGACAGCUCUGGCAAUGAGGGGUCCUGGUUCUACAUACAGCCUUUCUACAAACACAGCUCCCCGGGAGAUAAAGUUGUCGUGGGUGACAAAGUGGUGCUGAACCCUGUGAAUGCAGGUCAGCCGCUGCAUGCCAGUAACUGCGACCUGGUGGACAACCCGGGCUGUAAGGAGGUGAACUCUGUGAGCAGCAACACUUGCUGGAAGGUCAUGCUCUUUAUGGACUUCAAGGAGAACCAGGACGACGUGCUCAAGGGGGGUGAUGUGGUACGGCUCUUCCACGCAGAACAGGAGAAGUUCCUCACAGGUGACGAGUACAAGAAACAGCAGUAUGUGUUCCUGAGGACCACAGGCAGGACUUCUGCUACAGCUGCCACCAGCUCGAAAGCUCUGUGGGAGGUGGAGGUGGUGCAGCAUGACCCGUGUAGGGGCGGUGCCGGACACUGGAACAGUUUGUUUCGUUUCAAACACCUAGCCACUGGACAAUACCUGGCUGCUGAGGUGGACAAUGACCCCUUGCCUGACGCCACUCGGAGCAAACUGCGUGGGCAGCCAAACCUGCCAGUGUAUUGUCUUGUCUCUGUACCACAUGGACAUGACAUCGCUUCCAUUUUCGAGCUGGACCCAACUACGAUGAUACGAGGAGACUCUCUGGUGCCGAGGCAAACAUAUGUGCGACUUCACCACCUGUGCACAGACUCAUGGGUACACAGCACUUCAAUUCCUCUUGACAAAGAUGAGGACAAGCCUAUCAUGAACAAGGUGGGCUGUGCCAAGAUCAAAGAAGACAAGGAAGCCUUUGCCAUUGUGCCUGUGUCUGCCCAAGAGGUGAGAGACCUGGACUUUGCCAAUGACGCCGCUAAAGUGCUCACAGAGAUUGCCAACAAGCUAGAGAAGUCAUCCAUCACGCAGAAUCAAAGAAGGUCUGUGAUUCAGUUGAUUACAGAUGUGAUCUAUUUCCUGGGUCACUUGGAGUUGUCCAACCAUCAGGGAGACUGCCUCGAUCUGGUCAUUUCCAAACCAGACAGGGAAAGGCAAAAGUUGAUUCGAGAACAAAACAUUCUGAAGCAGAUUUUCAAAAUUCUUCAAGCACCCUUCUACGACGUUGGCGAUGGAGCCCUGAUGCAGUCUAUGGAGGAGCUGGCUGACCAAAGACAUGCCGCGUUUCGUCACCUCUGUCGUCUGUGCUACCGCCUGCUCAAGCUGUCCUUCCAAAACUACAGGAAGAAUCAGGAAUAUGUGGCGGCCAAACUUCAGUUCAUGCAGCGACAGAUCGGCUAUGACGUGCUGGCGGAGGAUACUAUCACAGGGCUGCUGCACAACAACCGCAAGCUGCUGGAGAAGCACAUAAAAAAGCCAGAGAUUGAGAUGUUUGUCUCCCUUGUUCGCCGCAAGAAAGAGCCCAGGUUUCUGGACUACCUGGCUGACCUGUGUGUGUGCAGCAAGAUGGCCAUCCCCAUCACGCAAGAGCUUAUCUGCAAAACGCUUCUGGCGCCUGACAACCAGGAUAUUCUCAUAGAGACUCGCCUGAUCCGCACACAGAUGGAGUACGAGAUGCCUCCCGCUGAAGGGGAGGAGGUCACCAUCAUGACCAUGGAUGAAGAUGAUGAGGUGGUCUUAUUCUGGGAGCCCACGACCUAUGACCCAUCCAGUAAUAGCAACAGCAACAACACAGGCCCCAGUGUGCGCCAGCUGCUAGGCAGUACUGGCACUGAGUACAAAUGUCAGAAAGGUAUCCGUGAGUUGGCUAUGGGAGCUGCUGACAACAUCAAAGCCGAUAAGGAGAUUCUGGACUAUUAUAGGCACCAGCUGGAUCUGUUCUCUCACAUGUGCCUGGACAGACAGUACCUGGCCAUCAACAAACUGAGCGAGUCACUUGACGUCGACCUCAUCCUCAAAUGUAUGGCUGAUGAGUCUCUUCCUGCUGAUCUCAGAGCGGCAUUUUGUCGUCUCAUGCUGUCCAUGCAUGUGGACCGGGACCCACAAGAACAAGUGAAACCCGUCAAAUUCGCCCGCCUCUGGUCUGAGAUCCCUCAGAAAAUUUCUAUAGAAGACUAUGAGUCCAACAUCAGCAAAGCUCCAGAGAAAGAGGAGGUGAAGAAGAAAUUUGAGCCCACCAUUGCCUUUGUGGAGGACUACCUGUGCAACAUUGUCACUAAGGCCUGGGCGGACGGGGAGCAGAACAAUCUGACCUUUGAGGUUGUGAACCUGGCUCGACAGCUCAUUUACUUUGGGUUCUACUCCUUCUCGGACCUUCUUCGGCUCACCAAGACGCUUCUGAGUAUUCUGGACUGUAUCCCAGAGUCCAUGGCCACCUCCCCUAUGGCAGUGCCAGCUGUCGCUGUUGGCGUCGCUGAAGGGGAUGACCUCGCUAUGUCAGAGAAGGCGACGGAGCUGAAGAACAAGAAGAAAAAAGAGGAAGAAGAGGACACAAAGAUAAUGGACACCAAGCUGAAAAUCAUCGAGAUCCUCAAGUUCAUCAUGGACACAAGGCUAGAUUUCCGCAUCACCUCCUUGCUCUCCAUUUUCAAGAAGGAACAUGAUGAAAAUUACAAUCCUAAUGAAAAGACGGGACUCGACCUGGAUAGCAUUGCCACCCAGGCAGAGGAUGUGUUUGGAGGAAGUGAUGAGCUGGACCUGGACGGCCAAGGGGGUAAGAUGUUCCUGAGGGUGCUGCUCAACAUGGUGAUGCACAACUACCCGUCUCUGGUGUCGGGCGCCCUGCAGCUGUUGUUCCGACACUUCUCACAAAGACAAGAAGUGCUCAACGCCUUCACACAGGUCCAGCUAUUGGUGACCAACAGCGAUGUAGAAAACUACCGUCAGAUCAAGUCUGACCUGGACAAGCUCCGUCUGCUGGUGGAGAAGUCAGAGCUGUGGGUCUACAAGAGCAAGCACGGCGAUGACGCUCCCAAGAAAAAGAAGAAGAAGGCCAAUGAUGAUGACGAGGAUGGCAAAGAAGCAUCUGAGAAGAGUGAGAAGAAAAAGAAGAAGGAGCACAUGAAUACAGGCGGUGAGACGGAAUCAGCCAUUGACCUUGACAUUGGUCCUCCCAUCAGUUCAGAUUCAAGUGUGAACUACAAGACCAUUAAAGCCAUUCUGCAACGACUGACCAAGCUGUGUAUCCAAGAAGCUGGAGAUGUCAAGAAGGCACGUAAACACGAGCAACGUCUUUUGAGAAACAUGAACGCACACUAUGUCAUACUGGAGCUGCUGGGCAUCACAUAUGAUAAGGACCAAGACGUGCGUAUGAACGAACUGAUGAAGUUGGCCCACGAGUUCCUGCAGGCUUUUUGUCUCAACAACCAGCCCAACCAGUGUCUUCUGGAGGAUCAGCAGGAGAGGUUCCUCACCUCAGGGCUGUUGGAGGCAGAGACCAUGAAGGCUAUCUUCCAGGACAAUGCCUCGCUGUGUAAUGAGGUCAGUGACCGCGUCAUUCAGCACUUCGUGCACAACAUCGAGACCCAUGGGCGACACGUUCAGUACCUGCGUUUCCUUCAGACCAUUGUGAAGGCGGAAGGAGAGUACAUUCGACGCUGUCAGGACUUGGUCAUGUCGGAGCUGGUCAAUGUGGGAGACGAUGUGUUGGUGUUUUACAACGAACCGUCCAGCUUUGAGCAUCUGAUAGAGCUGAUGCAGUCGGAGCGGCACCGGGUCACGGAGCAGAGUGCCCUGAACUACCACAUCAACCUGGUGCAGUUACUGGCUCUGUGCACAGAGGGCAAGAACGUCUACACGGAGAUCAAGUGUCACUCGCUGCUGCCGCUGGAUGACAUUGUGAAGGUGGUCACUCACCCCGACUGUAUCCCAGAGGUAAAGACUGCAUACAUCAACUUCCUGAAUCACUGCUAUGUGGACACUGAGGUAGAGAUGAAGGAGAUCUACACUAGCAAACACAUGUGGACGCUUUUUGAGAACUUCCUCGUGGACAUCGCCAUGGUGUGCAAUGCAACACAUGACCGCAAACACGCCAAUGUGGAGCUGGAGAACUACGUGACUGUCACCGUCAUGAACAUCAUCACCACUUUCUUCAGCUCACCGUUCUCAGACCAGAGCACCAAUAUUCAGACAAACCAGCCUGUGUUUGUGCGUCUUCUACAAGGAGCAUUCCGCCUGAUCCGCUGCGAGUGGCUGGAUGGCUCACAGAGGUUCCACGUGGAGGCUUGCAUCCGCACUCUAUCCGACACAGCUAAGAGCCGAAGUAUUGCCAUCCCUGUGGAUCUGGAUAGUCAAGUGAAUGCUCUGUUUGAGAGGUCAAACAUUGUGCAGAAGUCAACAGCACGCUGGCUCAAUGUGAGGCAGAACAGAAGGGAGUCUCAAGCGCAUGCUUCCAGAGAUUACCGCAACAUCAUCGAGGGCUUGCAGGAGAUUGUGGCCACCCUGAACAACCACCUGAAGCCCUUGGUGCUGGCCGAAAUGUCUGUGCUAGUGGACGUUCUGCACCGGCCGGAACUGUUGUUCCCACCCUCCACCGAGGCCAGGGAGAAGUGUGAGAGUGGUGGAUUCAUAGCCAGGCUGAUCCGGCACACAGAGUGUCUGCUGGAAGAGAAGGAAGAGAAGCUCUGCAUCAAAGUGCUCGACGCUGAAGACAUGAUGUCGGCCAACGAGAGCAGGUCUGAAAAGGGUCUAACUUUGAAGAGUGAUAAAGAGAAGUGCGAGGCGCUACGUCAGAGCCUCCUGAUGCGCUACUACGACCGCUCACAGCCACGCAGCCGGCGAGAGAGCCAGUCCAGUGGACCAUCCAGCGGGCCAGGCUCCACCAUGUUGAGUCAAGCUAACAAUCUGUCCUUGCAUGAUGUACAGUGUUUCCUGGAUGACAAGGGUGCCUCCAACCUGGUGAUAGAUCUCAUCAUCAAAAAUACUAGUAAUAAAGUCUUCCUAGAGACUGUUGAGCUGGGCAUUGCACUGCUGGAGGGAGGCAACAGCAAGAUACAGAAAUCUAUAUACCAGCGGCUGACCACAGACAAGGACGCUGACAUCUUCUUCAAGGUGUUCCUUGACCGCAUGCGUGACGCACAGGCUGAGAUACGCAACACGGUGACAGUGAACACAUCAGACACAGAGCACAGGCAGCACCGUGAGGAAGACAAGAAAAAGAAAGAUUCAAUGAGCUCGCUAGACAACCAUCCCCUGCUCUCAGGGCGGAUGGCAGAAGAUGCAGAGGAAGCAGAGUGGAGGACUGGAGAGCUGGAUGGCUAUGAGUUGACUCGAUCUGAGGCCCCGGUCAGUGACGAACUUCGACAGCAGUUUGACGACGCAGCUUCUCAAACCAACAAAGCCUUUGGUCAUGUACGCCAGGUCCAUGGCCGUUCGGCUGCAGGGGAGGAGGAGCAUGAGGACAAUGAGAACCGCGGUCAUGGAGGUCAGCAUGCCUCAGAGGAGAGUGAGCGUCCCAAGCAUGACAGCGAUGACAAGAAGAUGUCUCAGCAGAUCGCCAUCAUGAAACCAAUCCUCAGGUUCCUGCAGCUGCUCUGUGAGAACCACAAUCGAGAUCUGCAGAACUACCUCCGCCAGCAGCCCAACUGCAAGUCGUCUCAGAACCUUGUGUGUGAGACCCUGCAGUUCCUGGACUGUAUCUGCGGCAGCACCACAGGCGGGCUAGGCCUACUGGGUCUGUACAUCAACGAGAACAAUGUGGACCUCAUCAACCAGGCCCUGACCACGCUCACCGAGUACUGCCAGGGACCAUGUCAUGAGAACCAGAAUGCCAUAGCCAUGCAUGAGAGCAACGGGAUUGACAUCAUUGUGGCCUUGCUGCUCAUAGAGAUCAAGUCCCUGGGCAAAAACCGCAUUGAUCUUGUCUUGGAACUCAAGAACAACGCGUCCAAGCUGCUGCUGGCCAUCAUGGAGAGUCGCCACGAUAGCGAGAACGCCGAGAGGAUCCUGAGCAACAUGAGAACCAAACAGCUGAUGGACGUUGCCAUCCAGGCUUUCCACUCAGAAGAUCCUGGCAAAGAGGAUGGUGCCCGCUACGAUUUGGAAGAUGAGGAUGAUGGUGUUGAAGAGAAUUACACCUCCCCCAAAGCUGUGGGACACAACAUCUAUAUCUUGGCUCAUCAGCUCUCCCAGCACAACAAGGAGCUGGCUGACUUGUUACGUCCAGGGGGGAACGAUCUGUUUGGUGACCAGGCCCUGGAGUACUACCACAAACACACUGCACAGAUUGAGAUUGUUCGUCAGGACCGCACCAUGGAGCGUAUCGUGUUCCCCAUCCCAGAGAUCUGUGAGUACCUGACCAAAGAGACCAAGCUGAACGUGUUUAAGUGUGCAGAGCGUGAUGAGCAGGGCAGCAAGGUGCAGGAUUUCUUCAGCCGGCACAACGACAUGUUUAACGAGAUGAAAUGGCAGAAAAAACUGCGGAUGCAACCAAUGAUGUUCUGGUUCAGCAGUCACAUGGGUCUGUGGAACAGCAUCACCUUCUCCUGUGCUGUCAUCAUCAACCUGCUUGUGGCCAUCUUCUACCCUUACGACACUCUGGACUUCCACUCUGUGGGCUUGCGUUUCAACGGUCUGUUGUGGGGUGCUGUCAUGAUCUGCACUGCUGUCGUCGUCUUUUUCCCACAUCCUCUAGGCUUCAAAACCUUGCUGGCCUCCAUCAUAUUGAGAUUUGUCUGUACCUUUGGUCUGAGAGUCACCCUGUUUCUACUGGGACUCAUGAAUCUGGUCAACAAGUUUGUCUUCAUGGUGAGUCUCCUGGGCAACAGAGGUGUUCUCAUUAAGCCAGUCAACGAGAUCCUUUCUGAUUUUGAGAUGGUCUACCACAUCGGGUACUUCUUGCUCUGUGCCCUCGGCUUUUUCUGCCACGAGUUCUUUUUCAGUUUACUGCUCUUGGAUGUGAUCCAGCGUGAGGAGACGUUGCUAAAUGUAAUGAAGUCAGUGACCCGUAACGGGCGCUCCAUCAUCCUGACAGCGGUGCUGGCCUUCAUCCUCAUCUACCUGUUCUCCAUCGUCGGGUUCAUCAGCUUCCAGGACGACUUCCUCAUGGAGGUGGAGUCACAAGCCCUACCGCUGUUGCCAGAGCAACAGGGAAACACCACACUGCCUGAGAACCGGACAUGUGCAGCAGAUGGCAGCAACUGUACAGAGACUCAAGAGUCCUACAUCUCCCAGAUACUUCACAGCACUGACUGGGGUCUGAAGGAGUCUGCCGUGGAGGAGGACGGAGACAAGAUGCGUGCCUGCGACUCGCUCAUCAUGUGUAUCAUUACCAGCCUGAACCAGGGUCUUCGCAAUGGCGGCGGCAUCGGUGAUGUGCUGCGCAAGCCCAGCAAGAAUGAGCCGCUGUUCUUGGCCCGGGUCAUCUACGAUCUCCUCUUCUACUUCAUUGUCAUCAUCAUUGUCCUCAACCUCAUCUUUGGUGUCAUCAUCGACACUUUCGCCGACCUCAGGAGUGAGAAGCAGACUAAAGAUGAGAUCCUGAGGAACACCUGCUUUAUUUGUGGACUGGAGCGCUCUUCGUUCGACAACCGCUCUGUGACAUUUGAGGACCACAUCAAGCAUGAGCACAACAUGUGGCACUACCUUUACUUCAUCGUUCUGGUCCGUGUGAAGGACCCCACGGAGUUCACGGGACCGGAGAGUUACGUCGAUGCCAUGAUAAAGGAGCGUAACCUUGAGUGGUUCCCUCGCAUGCGGGCCAUGUCGCUGGCGGCAGAGGACAGUGAGGGAGAACAGAAUGAGAUCCGCAGUCUACAGCUCCAGCUGGAUGUGACCACUCAGCUGGUGCAGAAGUUGUCUCAGCAACUCACUGAGCUCAAGGAACAGAUGACAGAACAGAGGAAACAGAAGCAACGUUACGGCCUUCUGCAGCCCCCCUCUGUCCCAAUGCCUCUGCCUGCUCAGUUCUAA